AUGUCUACCUACUUGAUGAUCUGUGCGAUCCUGCACUUGGGAGUGGAAGUCAGUCUGGCCGUUAGGCACGGACCGUGCACAGAUUUACAACCAUUGGAUCUCCUAUCAGAAAUUGCUGAAGCCUCUCGAAUGGAGAUAUAUGGAGUCAGGAUGGUCCAGGAACAAGGAGUCCGUGGGCUGCGAUUCAAUAAGGAUAUGAAGGCAGUCAGCUUCUCCGCCUCUCUCAUCUUCAAGGUCUGCCAUUACUUCCCAGCUGAAUUCUCCAUUGUCCUCACCCUGAAAGUGAACAGCUUGAGAUUAAAGACAAACGAAUAUAUCUUCACAUUGCUCCAGGAGAACUUAAACCACAUGCUGCUGGGGCUGAGGAUCUCUCCUGACAAGGUCCACCUGGAGUUUGCCCACAGCGACCUGUCCAACAGCAGUAAGAAGCGGAUAACAUUCCAAGAUGUCUACCUGGCUGACCGCCAGUGGCACACCUUGGUGCUGGCUGUGUCGGCCAACUUUGUAUCUCUCAUCGUGGACUGCUGCCCUCCCAUUGAAAUGUACAUGGACGUUCCCUUUCCAGAAUAUUUAGGCACGGCAAGAUCUCGAUUUUACAUUGGGAACCGGAGGCGACGGAAGGCACUGUUUACAGGGUUACUGAGGCAGCUGGUGCUGUUACCGGGAUCUGAUGCCACCCCAAGGAUCUGUCCAAGUCACACUCCCAGAUUAGCAGCAAUCUCCAUCCCGAAGAUACUGACGGAGCUCCCGCUCAGGCCCUCGGACAACGACAUUUUGAAAUACCCAUACGAAGCAGAAGUGAAGGUGACGGUGGGGAACCAUCCUCCCUGCACCGAGACUCAAGUCAGCCGCCUCUGGUUUGAUGUCUUCAACAAAGGCUUCUUUAUUUGCGAUGGGAAGAAUUGGGUAUCAAUCUUAAAAGCUAAAAAGAGACUUGAUUAUGUCGAAGAUUAUCAAAAUCUUGUCACCAACUCGGAAACACUUGAUGUUGAAAUAUUUGAAAUCCCCAAUGUUGGGCUCUUUGUUGCCACAGCCAAUAAGAAGCCUCACCCUGGAUCGACAAUUUUUAAGUGGUUGAAGGGAAAAUUUGAACCGUAUCAGAACAUCACAACAUAUGAAGCCCAAGCAUGGAAACACUUCUCAAUUGGUCCUCAGGUCUUCUUGGUGGUGGCCAACUUUGAAAAGAAUGAACAGAACCAGGAAUAUUCGGUUAUCUACAGGUGGAGCCGAAGGAAGAUGCAGUUUAUGAUGUACCAGAGGUUAGCGACCCACAGUGCCCGGGACUGGGAGGCCUUUCAGAUCAACGGGGAGACCUUUCUCGCUGUAGCCAACCACCGUGAAGGAGACAACCACAACAUUGACAGUGUUAUUUACAAGUGGAAUCCCAAGUCACACCUAUUUGAAAGAAACCAGACGAUUCCCACUUCAGGAGCCUACGACUGGGAGUUCUUUACCAUCGGACCAUAUUCCUUCCUAGUUGUGGCGAACACCUUCAAUGGGACCUCAACCCGGAUCUACUCACGAAUUUACAUCCAACUGGAUGGAAUGUUCCGACUUUUCCAAUCAAUGCCUACAUAUGGUGCUACAGACUGGGAGAUUUUCCGUGUUGAAGGACGAACCUUCCUCGCAGUUGCCAACAGUCAGAGCUAUCAGACAGGGGCAUCAAACGGAAUCAACUCCUUCAACAUCAAUUCCACCAUCUAUGAACUUAACAUCACCGCCCAGAUGUUUGUCAAGUUUCAGGACAUCCCGACAUACAGUGCAGUUGACUGGGAGUUCUUCACAGUGGGCGAUGACAGCUUCCUGGUUGUGGCAAACUCAUUUGAUGGCUCCAACUUUUUUUUAAACAGUGUUAUAUACAGGUGGCAGGGUUUUGAAAGUUUUGUUCCGGUCCAUCACCUCCCAACGUAUGGCUGUACAGACUGGGAACAGUUCAACACAGACGAAGGCUCAUACCUCAUCUAUUCUAGUGCGAAGGAACGGAUUUCUAAGGUGCUUAAACUGAAGGUCUAUUGACCCAAGAAGUAACGUGGCCAAAGCUUCACAGAUCAAGAUGGAAUAGAAAACUCGUGAACACGAGGGCCAAUCACUCCAGGGAUUUUAUAGUGGAACUAAUUUACCUCAGUGAACCAGGUUUUAUGUCAAGAGAGACAAUCCUGCAUUUUUUUGCCAUUGGGUACCUUGUUUGGUAGUGUUAUAGAACUAUCGUAAGAGGAGAGAGAGAGUAUGCUGGAGAAAACCUGGGUCUGGGAGCUAUUCUACGGUCAAGGAUGCAGGAGUUUCAAACAACUUUCUUUUACAAAUGUGUUACUUUGUUUACUUCCCAUGUGACCACAUAUCAGUGUCAGGAAAAACUGGCUGAUUGCAGACUUACCUUUCGAUGAAAGAAGGUCGACAUAGAUCAAUCAUUUCAGAGAAUCUUCCUGGACGGAAAAAGUAUUUCUUCUAAGAGCAUUCUCCAUUUUAAAAAAAAUGUUUUGCACACCCCCUCCCCAACACAGUGUUGAUGCACCGGCGAGCACUAAUAGGUUGGAUUUAGAGGGAAUGGGGAGCCGGACUCCCCAGUGCCAUUGAUUCAGCUCUCCAUAAAAUGCAUCAAGCUACUCUCCGCCAAGCAGAGCUGCUUUGCUGAGGUUGCUUUAUUUAAGAUCUCAUAUACGAUGGAUAAAGGUUGUCAAGGGAGUCCCAUCACCAACAAUCAAUGAUAAAUGUCUCAACUUUCAUUUAUAGCAAGUUCAAAAUAAAGGUACAUCUUGAAAGCAAAAAUUAGUUCAUUCAGAAGGUGAGGAGCCCAGAUUGGCAUCUCUCACUACAAGAGUUCAUUGUGGAUGACACUGGAAGGACAAUGGGAGAGGUAACAUACCCACUACCUUUGACUCUCAAUAGUGUUUACAAUGUAUGGAACUGAAGAAACCUCUGCCUUGCGGCCUGUUUGCUAUAUCAUUGGAGCUAUUCUUCCAAAGGAGAGACUGGAUGUGGACUGACACUUAAAACUGUAAUUUGAUUGGAAUUCUAAUCAGUUUCUAGGAUUGCGCUGGAGAAUUAUACAACACAGAAUAUCAAAAGACUGUUUCAAGUUCUAGCCCAGGUGCAGCUCGCAGAUCAGUUAUUUGAUUCAAUCAAGUGAUAAUGAUAUGGGUGAAAGUGGAACCCAGUUUUUACAUGGAAUUGCAGAAUGCACCAAAGACAAGUCUCCUCAAAAUGCCUUAACAUGGAGAAAUUAUACCUUUUCUCUUUCAACUUCAAAUGGUAUGAAUGAGGAAUGAUUCGUUUAAUUUGAAUUUGUGCCUCAACUUCCAUUUUUUUUAGAGCAAACUGAUGCACUGUGAAGCUCCAUGAUCUUGCAGCCUGCCUCUCGUCAUGUGGUCCCUUCACUAGAGAUGAUUAUUUAUCAAAAUAGGAUCAACCCUCAUUUUUUAAAAAUUGUUAAAUGUUCAAAAUGAUAUCUGACACAGAAAUAUGUGCAAACUCUCCAGUGUGGUGCUUUUGUAAUCUGGACUCUGCUCAUGAUGUGAAACUUCCUAGAAAUGUUUGGAUGAUUGAGGAAAUAGAUUGAUUUUAACCUUUCUUAUAUAUACAUAGCAUUUAUCUAAGAAGGCUGUAUUCUUAUUCCUGGACCCCUAAAUGAGAGCGAAGCAACUGCAGACAUGAAUAUUUUAACUGCCUUUAAAUUGCCUGAUCACAACUUUUUAUCCCUAAAAUUUGUAAACUAUUUUUUUAUGUACUGUUGCUUGCAUCUUCACAUUCUCACCUUGGUGUGAACCAUGAAGUGGUGGAAUGAUGUGCAGGUUAUUUACUGGUCAGAUGAGGUGGUAAAGUCGCAGUUAACUGUUCCACUGCUUAGGGAAGAGUGUGGUGGGAAGACGUGGUCCAGUGAGCAGUCUGGCUGUCAGAGUGGUGGGAGGACAUUUGUUAACAUGGUAGUGUAUGCAACAGCGCUUUGAAUAGCUUCACCCAUCGGCACACAAGCUUUCAACUGGACUGCAUCCAAGAUCUGAGACUCGGUCUCCUCAAUCUGACUUGGCAAUGGGACCACAGAGCUCCUGAUGUGGGCAGCCAGUGUUCCUUCUCCUUAUCAGUACUGGUUGAAGUUAAGUAGAGGUAUCUGAAGAUAAACCAAGAAGCAUGGAAUGUUAAAGUAGAUUCAGGUCAUCCCCAGGUUAUGGCAGUGUUCCAUUCCUGAGGACUGCUCAUAACCCAGCAGAUUGUAAGGAAACGGGGCCUUGGCCGAGUUCCCAUGCUGUAGAAGAUGCCUGCAUCCUUGCAGCAGCUGGUAAAUCCAUCCCGCAGGUCUUCCAAACACUUUCUUGUGUAUGUUAUGUACAUGGAGGUCCUGUAGAAUCAUAGAAACCUACAGCAUGGAAACAGGCCCUUCAGCUCAACGUCCAUGCCAACCAAGAUGCUCCAUCAAUGAUAGUUCCACAUGUUGCA